AUGAAUGAUUACAUUUACGCGUUACCUGUUACCCAACCAUUUAAAAAUAUUCAUAAUAAUAAUAAUUUUUAUUCGACUGCAUUUACAACAACUAUUGAGACUACUACUACUACUACUAAUACUAAUACUACUGGGACAAUAACAGUCAAUAAAAGCAUAGUAUGUGAUGAUGUAUCAAAUGAUCAAAAAGAUUAUUGUUAUAAUUAUGUAACGGAACCACAACAAUUUGAAUCAAUACCUUUAUCACUGUUCAAUGUACAAAAGCAAAAUGAUCCAAUUGUCAAUGAUGAAUAUUAUGUAUCUGAUGGAAAUUUACUAAAUAAUAAUAAUAACAAUAAUCUCAUUAUUAAUAAUCAUAGUAAUACAUCACUUAAUUAUUAUAAUAUAUUACCAACACAAUCAUAUCCAUUUUAUCCAGUAAAGUAUAAUGAAUUGACUAAGAAUGUGUAUAGUUCAAUGCAAACCAAUUAUUUUAAUAAGAAUGAUUUAGAUCUUCAAACACAAACAAAUUAUAUUAAUGAUAACGUUGAUCACAAUACUACUACUACUACUACUACUGCUACUACUACUACUGAUAACAAUAAUGAUAAUUCUAUACAGUUACCAACCAAUAAUACUUAUGAAUACCAUCAACAGAUAACUCCUACAAAUGAACAACAUUUUUAUACUUCAAAUCUUUUAGAUAAACCUAUAACAAAAAAUGAUUGGAAUCAACAAACAAUGAAUAAAGAAUCAUCUAAUAUAAUAAAAUGUAAAACACGAAAUUCUCUUUGUCAUUCAUCAUAUGAAUUAUGUAAUAAUCAACUAUUAAAAAAUUAUUCUAAAAAUUCAACAGAAUUUAUUUGCUUGAAUGAGAAUAAUGAUAUACAACAUCAACACCUACCCCAUCUAACCUCGGAUCUGGAUUGUCCCAUUUCUAAUCUAAGUGACUAUUCUAUAAUAUCAAAAAAUGAUGGAGUGAACACUUCACAAACGAAAUCGGCUUAUCCUUUACGAACGGAAAUCAACAGAAGACGUAAAUCUUCUAAUCAUAUAGCACUUGAAAAAUCUAUGAGUUUAUUCCACGAUCAACACUCAUCUUUAUCCAAAUAUCAUCAUACACCUAAAACAAAUAGACCAAUACACAAGUUUACUUAUCAUUCUACUAAUAAUUAUAAUACUAAUAGUAAUUAUACUACUUGCAACAAUGUUACUCGUCAUUUAAAAUCUUUACAAAAUAAAAACAUUACUACUGAUAAUAAUUGUUGUCAUACAUAUGAUUCAUUUAUACAUAAUGAGAAUUUAUUGGAAUCAUUUAAUAAUGAAAAUAGUUCAAAAGUAAAGAAUCAAACAAUCAUACCAUCAUCAUCUUCAUCAUCUAAUAGUAUUCUAUCCCGUUCACCAUAUAAAUGUCGUAAAUGUAAAGGACAUGGUAUGUCUGAACCAGUUAGACAACAUAAACGUAAUUGUCCAUAUCGUGAUUGUACUUGUGAUAUGUGUUAUCUAGUUGAGAAAGGUCGUCGUAUAGUAGCUCAACAAAUUGCAUUAUUUCGUGAUCAAAAAAAUCAUAAUAUUCAAAAAUUAUCACAUCAAAAAGAUCGUUCUAUAAAGAAUGUAAUCAUUAAAGAAUCAUUAAAUAAAAUAAAUGAAGAUAAUGGACCACAUUGUCGUCGAUGUCGUAAUCAUGGACAAAAUAUUUCAUGGAAAGGUCAUAAAAAAACAUGCCCUUAUAGAGAAUGUUAUUGUAAUCAGUGCAUUUUAAUAUCAUUACGUAAAUCAAAUGAAAAAGACCUAAAAGAUUAUAAUCACAAUACUGUAUAUAAUCUAUACUCUAAUAAUCAUCCAAUCGUUUCUUUCAAUGAAACUUGUAAAACUCAUGAUUCAUUUUAUCCAUCUUUAGUAAAUAAGACAUGUGUAAAUUCAUUGAUUCAUCAUUUAGUCACAUCUUCAAUUACUACAACUUUGGAUCCAUUCUAUACAACACAUAACAGUAAAUGUGAAAAUAAACAAACUUAUUGUUCUUCAACUAUAUCAUCACAUUUAAAGUCCAUAGAAAAUCCUAGUCUUGAUUAUUCAACGAAUCAAGAAACAUUCAACAAUAUUACAAAAUCAUUUAAUUUUUCAGAAAAUACAAAUUUUUUAAAUUUUGAUAAAUAUGAAUUUCAUUCACAAAAGAUACCUAACAAAAUAGAUACUGUUUUACAAAAUAAUCAUAAUUAUUUUACAUCAUUUGAUUGUCCUAAUUCAUUAAUAUCAUCUACAAGUUUAACAAAUAAAAUUCAUCAAUCAGAUCAUCAUACAAAUCAAUUGAUUGAAUUUAAUUCAACACAAACAUUUUCUAAUUCAAAUAUUAAUACUGGAUCAUCAUUAAUGAGACCAAAAUACAAUGAAAUUGUCAAUUCAAAUAAUUCAUUUAAGACAAAUUAUUUAGGGGAUUAUGAAGUGAAUAGUACAAAUAAUAAUUUGGAACAAUUUUCAAAUAAUCAAUCAAUUGAAAUAAACAAAUCUAUGUUAGAAACUAAAUACCAUGAAAAUUAUACAACAAAUUGUUCUUUAAAUAAUAAUAAUAAUAAUAAUUCACAAAAUGUUUCUCAAAAUUUUAUUGAUUAUGUAAACUCAAAUAAUGAUCAUUUUAAAAAUUUAGAUCAACAAUUUAAAACAAAUUAUUUAUAUUCAUCACAAAUUAAUAAAGAAUAUACUAAUAAUAAUUUUUAUCAUUUACAUGGAUAUCAAAAAUCUAAUUCUAAUUCUUUAAUAUCAUCUUCUACUCUUAAAAAUACAAUUACAAACUAUAUAUGUCAUUCAGAUGAGAAUAAUACAACAUAUCCUACAGAUUAUUUAUCACAUUCAGUAAAUCAUAACGAAGAUAAACUUAUUCGACCAACAACAAAUCAUGCCGCUGCUUUAGCUGCUGCUGCAGCAGCUGCAGCUGUUGCAUUUCAUCAUGAAGUGGUCACUCAACAAAAACAUCAAGAAGAAUAUACUCAACAUAUUGAUGAUAUUAAACAAGUAUAUAAACAAUCAGAUAUUCAAUUAGAACAACAAAACCUAUUCAGCACUACUACUAAUAAUACUACUGCUACUAAUGAUACUAUCAGUAAUAUUAAUAACAAUAAUAAUAUAAAUUCGAUCAAAGAAGGAUUAAAUAUUGUUCAAGAAUCAAUAAAUACACCAUUUACUUUUUUAAAUAUGUCUAAUAUUUUAAAUGAUAAUUAUGAUUAUGAAAAACAAAAUUAUUCAAAUGAUCAUUUAUUGAUUACAUCACCUAUAUUAAAAUCAUUUAAAACAAAUUAUACACAAAAUAUAAUAAAAUCAAAUGAUCAAUCAUUAAAUUCAUUAUCUAAUAUUAAUAUAAGAAACAAUUUAAUAAAUAAGCAAUAUAAUUCUAAUCUUGAUAUUUUAACUAAUUAUCCAUUGAAUUCAAAUAAACAACCACCACAACAACAAUCACCACCACCACCACAACAACAACAACAACCACCACCAACAUCACAACAACAACAACAACAACAAUAUUUGACUAAAGAUACAUUUAAUAUUCAUAAAUAUGAUACAUUAACAAAUAAUAUGAAUAUAAAACAAUUAUCUACUAUAAAAUAUGAUAAUAUAACUGAUUUAAUUCAACAUAAUUCUAAUGUAAAAUUUAAUCAAGAAAUUAAUAAAUUACAAAUUAUACAUUUAACAAAUGCAAUCAUUUUACCAUCAAAACAAUCAUCAUUAAAACAAUUACCAUAUGAAUAUGAUAAUAAACAAAGUAAAUGGUCAACAAUUUAUCCAAAUAUUCAAUCGAGUACAAUACAACAACAUGAACAAAGUAAUAAUAACAAUAAUAAUAAUACAUGGAAUUCACUACCGAAUGAAUGUAAUAAUCUUUUUAAAAAUUUUGAAGUAUCAACUAAUGUAUUUAAACAGAUAGGAUUAUAAGUAUCAAUAAUCAUUUAAAUAUGGCAUAAUAUUAUUUUAAUAAAUACACGGAAAAUUACUCCAUCCAUCAAAAAAAAGAAAUGUGCUUAAAACGUGUGCAGAGAAAAAGGGUUUCUGAUCAUCGGGGAGUUUUAGCAGUCUGUCAGACUAA